CAUGAUCAUUCCAUCGUCCCCAAUGGUCAGUCGCCGGAGAGAGAGACAAAAAAUCUGCGGAACACUGUUAUCCGUAUUAUGUGAAUCGACCGUUGUAUCUAUGUAUCACGAUGAUUCGUCCGGCCAGGCUUUUCUCGUCGAGUUACCCUUACGGACACUCACAGCAGCGGUGGAUCUUCACCUCGAGGCAGCUCGAUGGGUCGUGGAAGGACAAGAUCAAAGGGGUUUUCACCGGCCAAAAGUCUGCCGCCGCCGCCCCUGCGGCUGGUCCUUCCCAGUCCACCGAGGACUCUUCCCAGUCCUUCACCCUCCUCCGGUUUGCGGAUGAAAUGAAGAAUGCGAGGAAGUUGGGAACCUUCAAGCAGCAUAUAGUCGGGCGAAGCAGCGAAGCCACCUUCGCCGACGCAUUCGAAAAGCAGGAGGCCAUUAUCCGGUAUCUUGGAGGUUUUGAUCCUACUGGACAGGAUCUCCAAAGUAGCCAAAAGCAGGAAACAGCAAAGCAUUGUAACUGCACACUCAUUGAUGUUGAGAACGCCUUGGCAAAGUUUACUUGGGCUAAAGAAGCGCACAUGAAAAUUGAGAAGUUAAAGGAAGAAGGGAAGCCAAUGCCAAAGAGCUUAGCAGAGGUUCAAAAGCUAAUGGGUUCAACACCACUGGAUCUUGCCCGAUCGAAUUUGGCUAAAAGUGGGCAAAUAAGUAGAAAUGCACCCUGCCCGUGUGGUUCCAACAAGAGAUACAAAAGGUGCUGUGGGAAGGAUUGACGAGAUUGAAGUAGGAGCAGACAUAUUGGAAUCAUCAAUAGAACCAAAUUUUGAAGUCCAUCACUGGAUGUACGAGUGAUGAACCCUUCAAAGGAAGCGGAAUAGAUUUGAAAUUCCAGGAAGGUUUUUUGGCGGCUGUUGCCUGGUGCUUGUGUUUUGGUCAUUGGUGGUGAGUUUGACAAUUGCUUAUCAAUCUUGCCAGUGAUUUUGAGAUUGAAUAGACUCAAUUAAAUCAAUUUGCAAAAGCCCUGUGGCGGCUUAUCUUUUCUUCUUCCA